CCGCCGCCGCCGCCGCUGCUGUGGAGUUCGCUGGAGCCCUUUCCUCAGCCCCGGCCCGGUCCUCCCGCCCGGAUCGCGGGCACCGGGGCGCAACCCUUGCUCUGGCGGGUGCAGAAGCGGGAGUUGGCUCAGACUGUGGAGCGGCGGAGUCGGCCCCAGCCCCCUUCCUCUCCCUGACCCCUUCUUGCCAUCGCCCCAGUCAUGGGGAACGCGGCGACCGCCAAGAAAGGCAGCGAGGUGGAGAGCGUGAAAGAAUUUCUAGCCAAAGCCAAAGAAGACUUUUUGAAAAAAUGGGAGAAUCCUCCUCCGAAUAAUGCCGGACUUGAGGAUUUUGAAAGGAAAAAGACCCUUGGAACGGGUUCAUUUGGAAGAGUCAUGCUGGUGAAACAUAAAGCCACUGAACAGUAUUAUGCUAUGAAGAUCUUAGAUAAGCAGAAGGUUGUUAAACUGAAGCAAAUAGAACAUACACUGAAUGAGAAAAGAAUAUUACAGGCAGUGAAUUUUCCUUUUCUUGUUCGACUGGAAUAUUCUUUUAAGGAUAAUUCUAAUUUAUACAUGGUUAUGGAAUAUGUUCCUGGGGGUGAAAUGUUUUCACAUCUAAGAAGAAUUGGAAGGUUCAGUGAACCCCAUGCACGGUUCUAUGCAGCUCAGAUAGUGCUAACAUUCGAGUACCUCCAUUCACUAGACCUCAUCUACAGAGAUCUAAAACCAGAAAAUCUCUUAAUUGACCAUCAAGGUUAUAUCCAGGUCACAGACUUUGGGUUUGCCAAAAGAGUUAAAGGCAGAACUUGGACAUUAUGUGGCACCCCAGAGUAUUUGGCUCCAGAAAUAAUCCUAAGCAAGGGCUACAAUAAGGCAGUGGAUUGGUGGGCAUUAGGAGUGCUAAUCUAUGAAAUGGCAGCUGGCUACCCCCCAUUCUUUGCAGACCAACCAAUUCAGAUUUAUGAAAAGAUCGUUUCUGGAAAAGUCCGAUUCCCAUCCCACUUCAGUUCAGAUCUCAAAGAUCUUCUAAGGAACCUACUGCAAGUGGAUCUGACGAAACGAUUUGGAAAUCUAAAGAAUGGUGUGAGUGACAUAAAAACUCACAAAUGGUUUGCCACAACAGAUUGGAUUGCUAUUUACCAGAGGAAGGUUGAAGCUCCAUUCAUACCAAAGUUCAGAGGCUCUGGAGAUACCAGCAACUUUGAUGACUAUGAAGAAGAAGAUAUCCGUGUCUCUAUAACAGAAAAAUGUGCGAAAGAAUUUUGUGAAUUUUAGAAAGGGAUAACAAGAGGAGAUCAGAGCUCACACUCAAUCUUUGCACUCUGGUGAGAGACAAGGUGGAGCUGAGCCCCUCCUUGUUGAAGCAGUUCCCUAGUUCCUUCAUUCCAGCGACUGAGUGAGGUCUUUAUUGCUGUCAUCUGUGUGUGCACUCUGCAUCCACCUGUGUAAAAAGGCACCGCUAAGUAAGCAUUUCCUGUGCCAUAGCACAGUACCAGACGACUUUUCUUGGUUUGUCUUUUUCUUCUUCUCCUCCUUCUUUUUCAUUAGUUUUCCUCCAAACAGCACUGCAUUUUAUCUUGCUGGUGUUUCAGGUGCGCAGUGUUAUGGCUACACAAUCUUUGAAGGGCAGGACAACUGUUGCUUUUAGUAGUUCUUGCCAAUGUUUUUGUUGGUAAAUGGCCUGAAGAUGAACUUUCUAAUAAUUGUUUUUAGUUUGAUCAGCUCAAACUCAGUUUUGCCAAAACUCUAGACAAUUUUUUAAUUGAAUAAUGUCUUACCACCCAAGACAUUUGCACAAUGAAGAUCAUUUUAAUUUCCUUGAAAUUCACUAUUCUGGCAAUGCAUUUAGAUAGACUAAUAUUGAGUAGUUAUACCCAACAAUUUGGAUUCCUAUAAAUCAGAGGUUCUAUUUCCUUUUGCUUCCUUUUAUAUUAUCUCCCCCACCUCUAUCCCUUAAGUAAUGAAAUAACCAGCCCUGUGCAUUGUGACAAAUGUGUCUCCUUCAGCCGCAAAUUCUGAUAUGGCUCAUCACCCAAAUUCUCUCACUUGGUACCAGCAUUUCUAUAGGUAUUACAGAAGGGCUUGAAGGCUUAUAAACCUUACCUCUUCCUCAAGGGUUUUAGCUGCUGUUUUAAUAGAACAAGAUUAGUGAAAAUGACAAUAUUUGAAGUUUCUCAAAUAGUCCCUAUUGUAAAGUUUUUACAGGGAAAGAAGCAAGCUAAAAAGAACAUUGGUUUGGAUAAACACUUUGCUAAGUCAAACAAAUGAUUUGAUUCUUGCAAAUAGUAUAGAGGUACUCUUAUUUAAAUGAGCUUUUUGUUUUGUUUUGUUUUGUAAUAGUUAAGAACAAAAGAAGUUGUCACCAGCUUAUUAUUCUGGUGUGCUAUAUUUGUAAGCCUAGGUAGGGGCAUGGUUGCAACUUUUGCUCUUAUCCCAUGUCUCAUCAAAGAGGAAAGCGGACAAAGUUUAUAAAACUGCCACAGUUAUAUUUUAAUUUUGAGGGAUGAUAUUUUUAAAUAAAUCAUCAUUUCUAGCCUCUUUUCUCUCAAUAAACAGAAUGAAUGAUCAUGCAGAUACAAAUUUUGGUAUUUGAGUUAGUUAUUUUUUUAUACUUUUUUGCCAACUGACUUAACAACAUUGCUGUGAUGUGGAAAUUUCAAGCACUUUUGCACAUUUAGUUCAGUGUUUAUUGAGAUUCUGUGGCUUAACUCAAUUUUUAAACCACUUUUAUCUUUAAUUUUCCCUGAUUUUAUCUGUGUCUCAGUGACCUAUCUUUAAACAACACACAAAAUAGUUUAAACUAAACUUAUUUCAUCUUUAUGAUCAGUCUACAUGCAUAUAAAAUCGCUUGUUUUUUUAUCAUACUGAUAUUAAUGUAUAUAACCAUUUUGUUUGUUUCAUUAUUGGUGCAGGUAGGUCACUGACACUACUUCUUUUCAGCUGUACCAUACCCUUGUAAAGCCUUUGAAAACAUUAAGAAAUCCUGUCUGAAAUAUUCCCUCCUCCAAUCUGUAUGUCUUUUGGUUGCCAAGUAUUUCUGCAUGAUAAUGUUCACGUAAAGCCUAAUACUGAUUUCAGUUGGUCCACCUAUAUUUAUAAUGUGCAAGAAAAAUUUGAAAUACUCUGCUGUAGCAAGUUUUAUGUCACAAAAAUAUGCCAUCAUGUUAAUAAAUUUAAAAUAGCAUUUGUAAAAAAAUCUUAAUGUUUUUGUAUUUCAUUUAGAUUCAAGAACAUGCUGAUGAUCAUUGUAUUCUAUAUGUAUGCUACAAAUUCUAUGGUAGCUUUGUUGUAUAUUAUUGUAAAAUUAUUUUAAUAAAUCAUGGGGAUGACAAUUUGAUUAUUGCGAUUUAAUUUUCAGUAAUCAAGAGGAUUUCUAUGAAUUCUGAAAUUAUUUUUUCUAUGAAAUUCCUAGUGCCCAACUGUAGAAUCUACCUAGGUAGAUAAUCCCUAGGCUAUGCAGCCAUUCAUUUUCUCUCUAUUUAAAGGACAAGAGCAAGCUUUCAGAUAUGUCAAGGGAGUUUGUUUAAGACCAAAUAUACUUAAUUGGAAUAUUUUUAAAGUAAUUGAAAUUCAGCCACAGCGUAGCCAAGAACAAGAUAAAAACUUGAAUAAGAAAUCCGUGGCAUAAAUCAGUGUUUAACCACGAGUUAUAUUAUUUGAAACAGAAGAAAUUGUGCUUUUGCUCAGUAAAUAAAGAGAUGACAUUGUAUAGGAGGGAACUGGAAAAGAAAGUCAAGACAUGCGAGUUUCAGGCCAGAAAACUAUCAGUUAGGUUCUCUUAUCUGUACUGUGGAAGCAUUAGAUUAGGCAGUUUCUAAGGUCUCUUCUAACUUGCAGAUGAGAUGACAAGAGUCUCUUUUUAUCUUGUGUUUUGAAGGGGCAUUGUGUUUUGAAGCCAUCACAGUAAAGCGGUAUAUUAUAGGGGGAUCUUACUUAUCUCUGACAGUGUUCUUACACUUGGAUAUCAUGAGAACCUUGUGUCUGUCCUGAUUCCUUCCUCAUUUACUGAUGCUAAACACUCAGUUGAUAUCAAACUGUCAGCCUACCAAAAAUGAUACUGUGGCUUUUGGGUAUCAUUGUCUUGUUCUUGGUAUGUUCUUAUAUUGACUGCCCAUUGGCCUGAAAAUACUCAUUGUAAGCCUGAAAAAAAAAAAAUGUUUAUUUGCCCCUGAUUGUUUUUUCUGCUUGUUGUAAGAAUCAAUUGAAAUAAUGUAUGUGAAAGCACCUUGUACACUGUAAGCUAUUAAUGUAAAAUGUUAAGGUGUGUUGUUAUUUCAUUAGUUACUUCUUUAUUUAGAAUGGAAUUUCCUAUGCACUACUAUAGCUAGGAAAUGCUGAAAACAACUGUGUUUUUUAAUUAAUCCAUAA